AUGACUGUGAUACUAUGCCCACUAUAUUUAUUUGUAGGAUGUACUGCACUUAUAAUUACAAAUGAAAAAACUGUCUGUGCUUUGGCUGGUAGCAGUGUGACUCUAAAAUGCAGCAUCUUGCAAGGAAAAGAAACCCAUGUGACACAGAUUCAGUGGUCUAAGUUUGCUGAUGGUCUUUCAAGAAUAAUAGCUGUAUAUAACCCUCUCUAUGGUACAAAAUAUUCUGAAGCGACCUACAACAAUUCAGCAAGUUUUGAGAAAGGUUUCCAUGAUUGUUUGACUGACUUCAGCAGGACUUCCAAACAGGUUAAUUCUGUAGCAAACAACCUAGAAUGCAAUCAGUGGAUUCUACAACUGAAGAAUGUCACAUUUGAGCUCUCUGGCUCCUAUGAAUGUAUCUUUACCACAUUUCCAUCUGGAACAAGUAGCUCAAAAAUACACCUUUUUGUUAAGAAAAGAGAAUACAAGAAUUCUGUGUUACAAGCUUUACUCAACCAGUCCCUUGAAAUUCCGUGCAUGAACAGUAUGCCUCAUUAUAUAAACCUGACAAAUGCUUCUGUAACAUGGUCAUUGCAGAAAGAAAAUGGAACUGAAAAGAUCCUAAUCAAGAAACAGUCCUAUUACCUUCAAGGCUAUACAGCCAAUAAUCUCACUGUGUACAAGGACAGAAUCCAAAUGAGUUCCAAAAACGCAUUAUUGAUUUCUCCAGUGACAGUUAUUGAUGAUGGCAAGAAGUUUGUCUGUUCAAUUGCUGCUGUCUCCGGAAGAAUUCAGGAAAGUGUCACUCAAGUGAAAAUAUUUGCAAAACCAGAAAUCUCUAUUGUGCUCCAGACAGUUUCCAAAGGAGAGGCACAUUUCACAUGUGAGAUAAAGAAGGCAUAUCCGAAGCCAAAACUUAUGUGGUACAUGGGUGGAAAGAUUCUGAAUGAAAAAUCUGAAGGUUUAUUAAUCAAAAAUAAAGUUAUGAACUGUGUAGGAAGUUUUUACGAGAUGACAUCAUUCUUGUCAAUAUGGAAUAUAACUCAUCCAUUGAUUAAUCAGACCUUCAAAUGCAUGUCUGCAUACCACUUCACUAGAAAUGACAGAAAGAAUUUUUCAUCUAAAGAAAUACUUAUUACUUAUGGAUUUCAGAAUGCAUCAUUGGCAUAUUCAGAAUUCACUAGUCACAUUACUGCCAUUUCAGAUUCACCCACAGAAAGGUUACAGACUACCCUUUCUGAAGCCUCAAAAGCAACUCUAGUAUCAGAUUCCUCUUCAGAAAAACACUUGCAUUCUACUAAAACCUUGCAAAGUGAUACUACAGCAAAGUUAUUUAGUGACUCCACAGUACCACAAAAAUCUACCCAAACCCUGCAAAAUGAUCCUAUUACAGAGUUGUUCUUCAGUGAGUCCACAGUACCUCAAAGUGAGUCCACAAUACCACAAAGAAAUCUGCCCAUCGGAACAGUGAUUGAAGUAACCACAAUAAAUAGUCCUGCUAAUUCAUAUACUAUAAAGAAUGGCCUUGAUACUGGUUCUACAGUGGUUCCAAAACACAGUACAUUUCCAUGGUCAAUAGUUGUGGCAUUUUUGCUUUUUUUCUGCACAUGCUUAAUCAUUUGUGGGAUCAGAAAAUGGUGUCAGCAUCAAAGAGAAAUUAUGAAUAAACCUCCGUCUUUCAAGCCACCUCCUCCACCAGUCAAGUAUUCCUCCAUCCAAGUCUAUAAUGAAAUUUAUUCAUCCUGCGAUGAAUUAGAAAAUCUGAAAUCAACCUGA